AUGCAUCUCGUUGACGCCGUUUUCAUCGUUAUUUUUGUGAUUGCCUCAAAUAAAUGUCUUGGAACACCACUCGACGACUAUGUCCAUACUCCUGACCCAAUAUUCAGUUGGACACGCCUUCAAACGUAUCCACUACCAACUUAUACGUUGUAUGUAUUGAAUAUGACAUCCCAACGGUGGUUUGAUGAGUCAUUUUCCUCGCAACCCAUUUGGUGGCAUUAUUUGACUAUUACAGUUCCAAGAAUGAUUCGUCGUCCUAAAACUUCUUUCUUAUUAAUUAGUCAUGGAGACAAUACUGAUCCAGUGCCUGCUACGAAUCCAAUGACAAAUCUUGCACUUAGCACAGACAGUAUCACAGCUACGAUUAACCAGAUUCCGAAUCAACCAUUUCGUUUUUGGGAUGAUCCAUUAAGAAAGUCUCGAGAAGAAGAUGCACUCAUUGCUUGGACAUGGAAAAAAUAUUUUGAUGCCAAUGGUAGUGAUCCACAAGUGCUUCUUCGUUUUCCAAUGACUAAAGCAGUUGUACGAGCUAUGGAUGCUAUUCAACAAUUUUUACAACAACAAAACAUAGUUGUACCGGAAGAAUUUGUUAUUGGUGGUGCUUCAAAACGUGGAUGGACAACAUGGACUACUGCAGCUACAGAUAAUACACGAGUUGUCGCUGCAGUCCCUAUAGUCAUGGAUCUACUGAAUCUUCGACCAAGUAUGAUGUCGCAUUAUCGCUCCCUUGCUGGAUGGACAUUUGCAUUUAAUGAUUAUCACGAAAUGAAUAUUACUCGCUAUAUGAACAGUUCAGCUUUUGAUAAAUUAGCGGCAAUGGUGGAUCCAUAUUCAUAUCUUGAUAGAUAUAACAAAAUGAAAAUUUUUCAGCUACAAGGUGCCGGUGAUGAAUUUUUUCUGCCUGAUAGUGAAGACUUCUUCUGGAAUGAUUUACAAGUUGCUACAGGUGGAUCCUAUUUAAGACGAAUACCUAAUACUGGUCAUAAUAUAAAAGGACAUGAAGAAAGUCUGUCUAGUUUUUAUCUUAGCAUAGCAGAUAGAAGACCUCUACCAUCAAUGAAAUGGACGCGUACUAUAAAUGGUACACUUGGCAUUAUUCAUGUUGUCAUUGAUAUCAGUGGUGGAAAACCUCAACCGACAGCUGUCACAGCCUAUCAAGCUCGUACCACUGAUACUUUAAGACGUGAUUUUCGGCAAGCAAAACUUGAUCCAGGCAUUGGUAGCAUUGUUGUUAAUCCUAUUAUUUGGACAAAUACUGCUGUUCAAUUUGAGGGACAAAUUGGUGCAACUAUUUCAUAUUCCCUUUCAGUUUCUAUUCCUAGAGAUGGAUAUUGGGUUGCUGCCUUUCUACAAGCAACAUUUCCUGGACGUGAAGGCACAACAUUGAUUUUGACAACUGAAACUCUUAUUUUACCAAAUACGUAUCCAGUAAAAGAAUGCCAUGAUCAAGAAUGCUAUGGUCAACUUGUUUAA